AUGACGCUGCUCUGCUUUCUCCUCGAUCUCCGGACUCUCAAUCCAUCUCUGCUCCGCGAUCUGAAGCAGGUGUCCUCUCUCAGUCAUUUCGCUCAAUACACUCCAUAUCAUCAUCGUCGUAUUCAUUCUCACGGCUGGUAGGGAGUUUGGGUGGUUGAUGUGUUCUAACACUAGUUCCUCUCUUUUCUGUUUGAGGUUCAGAGUCUGCUCCAACUAGCAAAUCUGUAUGCCGUCUUGAGCUGUAGAAUGAGGGAGAGGGAACCUGUCGGAGAGGAGCACCAGACCCUCCCAGAUAGGAUCGGCCUAUGCUACAUCCAUAGGAACAGGACACUACUCUCCGAUGAGGUUGCUGAAAUCUCCUCUGGAUGGUUAUUGUAGACGAAGUUUCUUCUGUUUUAUAAGCCGAAAUGCUUAAAUUACACGUCAAUUUAAACACAAUGAAAAGAUAUAUUAAAAGCUUAUCGAGAGAAAACCGGACGAGGUACUACAGAGUCCUGCUGUUGAACUCCAUCACCUUAUAACGGAUAAAUGAGACCUUCAGUUAAAUCCGCUUAAGAGACCUACAGGUAAUGCUGUUGAACUCCAUUACCUUAUAACGGAUGAAUGAGACCUAUAGGUAAUGCUGUUGAACUCCAUUGCCUUAUCUCCGGAUCUCCUUAGAUUUACUGAACAUCCAUUGCACUAUGAUCGUCUGAAUUGAUCAGCUUAGCCAUCGCUUAAGAGAAUAUGUACAUAGAAGUGAAAAUUUGAUCCUUUUGGCAGUCUAUAAAUCUCCGAGCCGACUUGACGUUAUUUGAGCUCGCAGUGCGACUAUAUGGACCGUGCAGCAGAUGAGGGUAUCUUGGCGUAGGCAAAAAGGAGUGUAUAACCUGUGUGAAGGGCAUUUAUGUAGGGGGCGUGAGAGAUGCUAAAUAUUUUCAAGAGCAAAUGGGACCUAAAACAGCGAUACAUUAGCCCCUAGUAUCUUUUUCUUCUGGUAGUCAGGUAGACAGGUAAUCAGGUCGGUAUCCUCAUGUCUAGUUUCUGCCAAAAUUCUAUAACUUCACUUGGUUCUCACGAAUCUACCUGACUUACUUCUAUCAACUCAAUGCCAUAUUUUUCAUCAUCUUUUGCCCUCUGAUGAGAAAGUGAUGAUACAUGGAUGCCACAAAACAGCUGAAGAUUGCAUAUAGUCCAAGGGGAAAUUUCAAUCUUCGCAAUUUCCAUCAUUCCGUGGACAACUUACCCACGGAUUGCUUUCUGAUAGAAUCAAGUGAUUAUGUUCAUGCUGAAAGGUUAGAUCCAGGUAAGCAAUUUAAUGUUAGUGAAGAACUCGUGUUAAGAAUAACUUAUGUAUUUUUUAAAUUUACAAUGUUUUUUCCUUUUUUGUAAUGAGGAACAUUGAGUGACCCUGUCAGAGGUCAUAUUCCAAUUCUUCUCAGCAAUCUUCAUAUGCCAUUUUUCUCGAUGAUGCACUUUCUCAUGGGCAUUAUGCCGUUUUUAUCAAAGAGGAAAUUGAACAUUUCUAACGGUUUGCAUUGGAACAUGCUUAUGUAGAUGUACCAUUGGCAAGGCUUAUGAACGAUGAAACAUUAUACUCGUGGGGUGAGAGGGACAUUUUAAAGAAGGUGAUCUGUGUAGGCUGUUCCUUGGCCUCAGACAGGGAAAGCCUGAGGAGGAACCUCAUGGUAUAGUUGCACAAUGAAAAUAUUAGAAGUUUUCCCCAGCGAGUUUAUUUGAAUCGACAAUCUAGAAUAACUACAAGUUUGGUAUUUACAUUCUUUUACUUCUCCGAACUUCUCUGCCAGGAAGCAGCUGAGCGAUGUAUCUCAGUGGAUUUCGUAGUGUUUGAGCAAGAUCAAUUUCAAGGUUUCUCAGAGAAACUGGAUAAGUUUGUAAAUAGCAUUACUGACAUGGAGAACUGCAUUAUACAAACAUUUGUUCCUAGUAAGUGACUUCUGUUUCGCUUAAGAUAUAAUGUUUUUAUUGAUUCGAGCCACAGCUCGAGCCGGAUGGUUAGAUAGUUCAUAGAAAUAUUUCUGAAAAAGAUGAGGUUUAUGAUUAAUCAACCUUUUUCAAGUGAUCUUUUUGAAACCGAAACUAAUAAAAAUAUCUCCGUAUUGUUAGAUGAACUUACUGAAGAGGAAACUUUGGAUACAGACUCUAGAAAAUCAGGUCAUAUGCAGUUUAAUGGCCAAUUUUAUAUUAAUAGAUGCAACCCCCACGCUGUGCGGGAGGAAUAAUUAUAAAUGUUCCCUUUAUUAUUUCGUUAUAAUUUUUGAUCUCUUAACGUAUAUUGCCUCAAGGUCGUUAAUUCUUUUCUUUCUCCAGGCUCUUCUAUCUUUUGCGGGUUUGUAAAAAGGUGGUUUCAAGACAUAAAGAAUGAUGUGGAGGAGCCCAUACAAAUCAUCCUCCGUUUUAAGAAUUCUAUCAUGGGAACUACAAAUCAGAUUUUUUGCUCUAUGUCUUCUCCCUGCAGCGACAUCCUUGAUGGUUUAAAGCACUGCCAGGUACACAUCAGAAAUUUCAAUCUCUCAUAACUAUGAGUGAGUGCAGCAAGUGUCAAACACGAAAGUUUCUCCUGAAUUUGUAUCGGUUUAAUUUAGUAUUUUAUAGCUCAAUUUGAUAUUGAUUUUGUGCUAAUAUGAGCCCAUAUAUAUUUUGCGAUGUAUGAGUUCUGGAGUUAUUGAAGAAACGGCACAAUCAUUUUCUAGAAAAACAGAUUUCAGAUGGUGAUAUGAUAUAAAUUCUUCAUAUGACAUGAUUGCGAAGACAUACUUUGAUGGGUCUUAGUUAAUGGAAAAUUCUACUCUUUGACUGUUUUUGCAGGCUUGCAGAUGUCAUGGCUACCCAAUUACAAACACAGCUGGGAGUAUGACAAAGAGAGCGUUCUUUUGUCGAGUCACGACUCGCGAGCUCGGAGCAUGCGAGUUGAUUGAAAAUGCUUUGAUGGUUGGGGAUCAAACAGUCUUGAUUAUGCCUUCUUUCCAGAAUUUUUCAGGGUUAAAUCAAAGAAUCACAGGCCCUAUUGUCUUGAAUGUCAUCGAGCGUACAAACUUAACUUCUCUGGACGAAGGUAAGCAUUACAUUGAUAGAAUAUCUGGUAACAUAUGGUGAGUUGCAUGAGUUGAUUCGGUUUCCUUGACGUCUGUAGGUGAAGAUAAGAUUAUAUGGAUGUAAUGUUUCUUGGCUUAUGCUGUGUUGCAUGGGCUGAGUCGGUUUUUUAGAUGCAUGAUGCUUGAUAUGCAUCAUGAUAGCUUUUACUGACCAGGGAAUACUCCGUGACUCAAGUGGCCAAGUCUAUAGAAUACUCCGUGACUCAAGUGGCCUUCAUGAGUUUCUUUUACCAUUUUUCUUGUCAUUGAUUGCCUGCUCCCAUUAUUGAAUCGCAUCAGUAUUACUUAAGUUUUCUUCAUGUACUUCCUUAAACAGAUUUCUUGUCAUUGAUCGCCUGUCCUACUAUGAGUCAUAUCACUACUACCCGCUUCCUUAAGCUAUGGAGAUUUGAAACGAUCGACUUUAUACGUCCAUCGGUUUUUCAGCUUUCAUAAGAUUCUCAUUUAUUAUUUUUGGAACACGAUUGUGUAGAUGGCAAGAUUUAUGGCAUCAUAUUUUAUAUGGGCUUACCAUUUUUAAUUUUCCCUUCUUGAAAUGGAAAUUAUUUAUGAAGUGACGCUGUUACAAUGUAAUUAAAAUAUAUUCUCUUCGAUCUGCAUCCAUUGGCGAAUGAGAAGAGUAAAUGGAUAUGAAGUAUUCUAAGCAAGCAACGAUAUUUGAAUAUUCUGCCUAAUUCCCAUCUUCUGAUGUGGCUUUGAACUCUUUAAGCUUGUAAAUUCGAUAGAUAAGUCAUCUUUGACAGGAGAAAUAGUUUUUUUUUAUCUCCUUAGCAUUAUAUGUUUAGUGAAAGUAAGUGAAAGACAAACAGACUUAACAAGUCUAGCGCCAUGAAAUGAAUUGAGUUGCUGUGCAAUGCGACCCUCUUCAGAGGAAGACAGUACUAACCUGUUCAAGGGUAUGUGUGGCCGUGCCGCAUCAGUGAACUGCGGCCUUCUUACUUCUGAGAGCUAGUCCAUGAAUGACAGUGUGGCUCCAUGUAUUAGGAUCUUGAAUCAGAUUCUUGGCUUGUGGAGUUUGUGUUUGGCAGAAAUCCCUAUGAUCCAGAUAGAAGCCUCAGAGUCUCCAUAGUUGCAAAAAGAAUGAGAUAUUGCAUCACCUUCAUCGUUCAUUUCUGUCACAGCGCAUGAUAUUCCCGCUGAUGAUGCACAGGUGUAGUUAUGGGUGGAUCACAUAUCGUCAUUCCGUCAGCAUCUCCUGAAAUGGAAAUGAUUUCAGACGAAUUCGAUACAGCAGAGUUGAAUAUUCAAGGUACCAGUCUUAUGUUGUUUUCCUGAUUUGUGCAGUGAAGUAGCUUUCUUGCUGAAACAAUAUUUUUUUUCUCUUAUGAAUGCAGCUUUCCAUGGCUUGUGCCGAUGUCUUUUUCUUUUAGACCAGGGGUUGAUAUGCUCCUCAACCUGUAACACUGAAAGCAUGAAGAAUGUGUCCUUCCAAUGUUUUUAUCUACUUCAGCCUUCAAACCGAGGAACGAUGCUCCUCCGGGUACAUCUUUCUCACUUUUUGUUGCUACGACUAUUGCUCAAAUCCAUCAUUUUCAUAAUCCAAGGGGAAGAAAACUCGUUUUGAGAUGUUCACCGUCGAUUCUUUGGACACCAUCCUUCUGUGUAGAAAGGCAUAGAAACGGCCAAUGCUCAUUGGUCAGGUUAUAAGGAUGAUUUACUUUGUUCUUUUCUUGUAAGCUAUGCUACAGGCUUCUUUCUUCUCUCUCUCUCUCUCUCUCUCACACACACACACCCCACACACAAUGUAGGGGCAAUUUUGCGAUUUUUUCUUUCAUUGUCUUAAAAAUUGGUUGAAGACCUGUCAAAUAUCACUGAUCGACAGUAGUAGUAGGUUUUCACUAAUUGCCAUGGUUGAAGUCCAUUCACUCAAAUGCACGGUAGACAUUCCAACAACCCAUGCUAAUAAGUGUAAAUUUCAGAGGCUCGCUUCUUCAGAGGAAAUCUGGCCAAGUCCCAACAUCAUUUCAGCUACGGAUGUAACCUUGCCAGAGGAGCUGGUGACCUCCAUUCAGGGUUCAUUGUCAAAGGUGCAAGUAGUUCAUAAUCAGAUAUCUGCAUGGCUUGACCUCUGGAAUUAUUCUAUCAGUAGGAUACAUCCACAGGGUGAACUUGGUUUCCAUGUAAAUUUUCCUUCGAGUAGUAAAACCCAGAACUCUCCUAUGCUUCAUCCUACGCUCGUAUGUCUGACUUGUUCACAUAUAAAGGUGGAGCUGCGGGAUUACAACCCUCUCCGGCAUGAGAGAGGCUUCCACCAAAGACUGAACUCUCUUGUAAAGGAGAGUCUUCAGCUCGGGUAACUGCCCAGUCCUAUCACCUUAACUUCUUUCAGUGCUCCCUUCAAAAUGUUUCGGUGAUUUUCGUCCUGAUGCUCCUAACAUAGAUGAGGGAUUCACAGAAAAUCGACUUAAAUCCUGUUUUAGAUAGAGGACAUGAGCCCUUGUCUACCAGUUCCAGGAAGCCAUCAAGAAUUCUCUCUCCUGAUUUCGUCUUAAAUGCUAAAAAGGAUUGGUCCGGAUGAUUGGUUUUUCUUUUGCUCUUUCAUUUAAAUUGUUAUUCACCUGAAGCUUCGAGUUCGAGCCCAUUUAUUCAUGGUUUCAACCGAUGGCCACCAGAUCGAUCCCCGCGGACAAACCUGAGAGGGGCCCUGAACUGAGGGCACGAGUCGAAGGAAUCCAAUCAGAUGAUAAUUGGAAGGAAAGGAACGGCGCCGCCACACAAGACUGGGAAGAACUUCUUUUAUCUAGCGAUGCCAAGGAGAACCGUCCACCCGUCUACCUGCUGAGCGAACCCAGCAAGUCUGAGGAUCCGGGCUCGUCGUUGCAUCGUGGCAAACCCAUGGACGAGAAGACCUCGAGGAUCCUCGAGAGGUUGGAGGCGCCGCCGCGAAAGAGGACGGCCAUGGGAGCUCUCCCGACGAUCCUCACAAGCAGGAAGUCCGUGGAACCCCUCGUCCCCGGGCCGAGCUUGAGCCAGCCGAUGAAGCCCAGCUUUCAGAGGCUCAAGCGAGGGCUGAGGAGAACUGCAUCAGACGCGUAA